UGUUUUUAUAUUUUUUCCAAUCUACAGGUUUCCAGUUUGGCUAUUGAUGAUCUGCUGGUUGGAAAAUAUUUUCUGAUAAUUCAGUGCCAAAAUAGCAACUGCUCUCUGCAGCCAACAUUGGAGGUGCGGCUUCUGUGGCUGCUCCACUCUCAGGAGUGGCAUUUCAAUACACUAUGUCGCACUGUGACCAGUGCUCAGCCAAGUUCACCAUACUCAAGAGAAAGCAUCAGUGCGACGCAUGUCAACUGUGCUACUGCAGCGACUGCCUGACGCGGGUGCCAACCCUGCCAUCCCCGCAACAGGCUAGCUCUUCUUCGUCCCAGUUCCAGACGCAGGCUGGCAGCUUCGUCGCGGGCUUCAACAAUUUUGCUAACAGCUUAAUAAACGGCAGCGUCAGUAGCAACACAAACGUACGCCGCAACUGCCACAAGUGCAGCGUGUUCCUGCAGUGGCCUGUGAACGUGGCGGCCGUGUCGGCGCUCAGAGUAAAGGACCUGCGCUUCUACCUCAGCAGGCAUCACAUCAACGCCUCCACCUGCACUGAAAAAAGCGAAAUGACUGCCCUUGUGGUGAACCAGUUAAAGAGGUACCGCAUGCAGCAGCAACAGGAACAUCAACAACGACAAUCAACUUCCUCCAGCAGCGGUUUCCAGUCUUCUGGGACACAGAACGCGAACGCACCAAGCUUCAUGGCGAGUCAAUCGUACUCCCGACACACAAACCAGCCUUUCCAUAGAACCCCUGACCUCAUAACCACGUCAAGUAGUAGUACCAUAAGAGAUGAUGGCAUCCGCGUGCAGGGCAUGAGUGCUGGUGAAUGCUAUAAUUGCGACAGUGAUAGCAUUCGAGUGUUUGCGUCGUCUAAUCUGACCACUAGUAAUGUUAGUCCGUCCAAUUCCGUAGAAGAUGAUGGAUUCGUAGUUGUUGGUCACAAUGAUUUACCUCCUAGUAAUGUUAGUUCUGUUCCCCAUCUUAGCGAUAUAUAUUCCACAAAUUGUGAUACUAUUGUUGAUAGUAAUUUGAGUAGAAACCUAGACAACGAUACCUCUCGCAACACCGACCCUGCCGUGUCUUUUACAACUCGUGAUCAGUCUUUGGAUGCUGGCAACGGUGCUGCUCAGUCCAGUGUCGGCAACAGUGCGUCUCAGUCAAGUGCUGGAAACAGUGCGUCUCAGUCAAGUGCUGGAAACAGUGCGUCUCAGUCAAGUACUAGAAACAGUGCUGCUCCAUCCAAUACUGGAAACGUUCACGACACACAGCCCCUCGUAGACGACAUUGAUGAUAGCGACACUAGAAGAGAGGGUUCGAGCUCUCCAAAUGUUCCACCAGUCGCCGCUGCUGCGGCAGCGAACUCGUCGCCCGGCACCGACACCAGCAAUGCUGUUCCCUGCGGCACAGGCACGCGCGCGAACGUGAGUGAGGUUGACUACAUCAAGCUGGAAGACCUAGCUGACGAGGCAAGCGUACGGGCGCUGUCUGUGCGCCAGUGUCGCGUGCUGCUNUCUCUGAUUCUAUCCACAAACUGCCAUCAUUUCUGA